UUGGAAUGUGUACUUCAGCCAUUUUGCAAUUUUUUCCAAAAUUUCAUAAUUCUUAUCUCCGAUUUAUUCGUGAAAUGCUAGAAUGCUAGAGAGUGACAACACUAAAUAAUGGUAGAUCAAAUUAAAGACUUGGGAAACUGGUGUUUGGGGUGGUUACCUAAAACAACUGAGGUCCAAAGAAUCGUCGUAAGUGAAGUAAAAAUGGUGACCCCACGAGCUGGCCAAGCUUUCACAAGAAUGGCUGGUUUAUCUGGCGCAUUGGCUGUUGGAUUUGGAGCUUAUGGAGCUCAUGCAUUUGCUAACAGAGAAGAUGUGGACCCUAAGUUAAAACUGACAUUUGACACAGGAAAUCGCUACCACAUGCUUCACUCCAUUGUUCUGCUAGCUGUCCCCUGUACACGCAGACCUGGUUUGGUUGGGCCUCUGAUCUUACUAGGCACAGCUUUAUUUAGUGGCAGUUGCUAUUAUCACGCUCUAACAGGAGACACUAGGAUACGGAAGGUCACACCAUAUGGGGGCAUGUUGCUUAUAGCUGGUUGGGUUGCCAUGAUACUAUGAGUUACCAUAGCAAUAGUAUGACAUGUUGAAUAUAGGAUGCAUUGGAGUUUUUUUGCACCAGAGUAACAACAUAACAUCAAAAUGCAUAGAGGAUAUGUUAUGUUACAGGUAUUAUGUAUGCUGCUGAUAGCUGGGUUGCCAUGGUAUUUUGAGUAACCAUAGCAAAGUAAUGGAUAUUAAAUACAGAGAAUAAUGGACAUGAUUGAAACAAUAUGCAGGGGUUUCACUAGAAUUUCUCACAACAGGCUAAAUAAAUGAAAACAACAGGCAAAAUUAAUGGAAAUCAUAAAUUUAACAUGGAAAAGUUGAAAAGUCCCUGAAAACAACAGGCGAUUUUGUGAAAACAACCGGUGA